ACUUCCGGUACUACGCCAGCUAUGGCUGCUGACGAUGAUGCAGAUGUCUUUGAAAUUACAGAUUUUACAACUGCUUCAGACUGGGAAAGGUUUAUAGCACGGCUCGAAGAAAUUUUACAUGAAUGGAGAUUGGUUAAUUUACCAGCAUUGCCUCCUGUUGCAAAGGGGGAAUUCACAUCAGAGACAUGGGAAGAGCGAACAGAUGAACUUCAGUUUUCAGAUGUCAAGUUUGAUUUGACAUACCACUAUUUAAAAUCAGCAGAGACAACCCUUGCUGAGAAAACACGUGAACAAGAAGAGCAAGAUGACACCAAAAAUGAAGAUGCCACUCCUACUGUAUUUGAAGACAUGAUGUCAAUGGACAAUGACUUCCCAUCACGUGCCCAUUGUCUUUGCAGAUGGUAUGGUCUUCGCAGCUUCAUUGUUCUCUCCCCAAAGUCUACUGCUGAUAUAAUUGAUAUUGAAAGUCGUGCCAAGCUGUUACUCAGUUCUGUAAACAUUGCUCUCGGAAACACUGGUUGCACUGUGCCCAUGUUUGUACAGAUACAGCAGAAAUGGCGUCGACUGUAUUUAGGUACAAGCGUGCUGCCUAAUGCAACCAUCUCAUUUGAUAUGGCUCACUUGAAGAAAUUACCAAUGCAGUAUAAUCAUUUAGCAGGCUUAUUGGAUGUGUUUAAAUCUGAAUUAGGUCAUGCUAUUAACCCAUUACCUACAGUUGCUGUGUCAGUUCGUUUUACUUACAUUCUUGAAGAAUGGACACAUUCUUUGUGGCCUCAGACUCCUCCAGAUUUUUCCAUCAUGGGAGAUGAAGAUGUUGGAUGUAAAGGUUUCGGGAUGCUACCAUUUGGUGCUUGUGAAGAUCCAGUCAAUGAGCUUCAUCUUUCUUGUACUUGGCCAUGUCUUUCAGAGAAUAUUAUUGUUGAAAAUCAAGUUUAUACGGAUCUUGACCCCCUCCAAGCCCCUCAAUGGUCAGUUCGAAUCACAAUGACUGAGGACCCACAGUGUCUGCUACAUGAUUACCUAGAAGAUUUCAUCUUUUUGUGUCACAACAAAAGUGCUAUGAAAGAAGUAUUUACACCAGAUGAUGAUCCUCUUGACUCCUCAGCUGACAUUAGCCAAGCCCUACAUCGGUUAACGGAGCCUGCUGUGCCAACUCUUUCUUCUGUAAUGUCCCAAGCCACCAACAAAGUGAAAGUAAAGACCAUAGAAUGUCCCAUUGGACAACCUCUCUUCAAUGAAAUUUUAUUUUUUCUCUUUCCGGAUGCCCGUCCUGACCAAGAUCCUGACACCAUCAACCAACCUUCUGAAGAUUACUUUGAAGUUCCUCUUUCAAGAGUAGAGUUGAAACAGGAAAUGGCUAAACAGCUGAAGUCUGCACCCCUGGAUAGCCUCACUACACGAAUGGCCACAUGUUUGUGCCUCAUAAACCGAAAUCAUGGUGGUUGGAAAGCAGUGGCACAACUAUGGCAAGAAAUUGUGUUGGAGCUACGCUAUCGUCUUGAUAACAAUUAUUUAAUCUCUGGGAUUGAGUCUGGACCUCCAAACAUGGGGAGCUGUAUUCUUCAUCAGAAAUUGCAGAUGCUAAAUUGCUGUAUUGAAAAAAGAAGGAAGCGAGAAAUGCAGUCAUUGGAGAAUGCUCGAGCAGGGAGUCCACAAAACUCAUCACCUCAUCAUAAUCGUCAUAGCAGUGGGGAAGAUAGUCCUUGGGAUUCUCCACGUCACAGUAUGUUAGCAGCAGAAAUGCACAGUCGGCUUUCACCAUUGAUGAAACAUAAUCUGAUGCGACCAGACUCUCGGACUUCAGCUAGUAUCGAUAGUUAUUCAGGAAGUGAUGAAGAAUUCUUUGACUGUGAUGAACACCAAAAAGAAGCUUCUAAGUCUGAAGACGUAGAGAUGGAAGAUGAGAGUGAGUCCGGUUUUCCUGCUGAUGCAGCAGGAGGCAAGAGUAAGGGGAAUGGCAAAGAUCUAGGUGGAGAGUCUUACGUUUCAACUGAACCCGAGGGUCGCUUGCGGGUAUUUGGCAAUGCUAAGCUUUUAAACAUUAAUGAACAGCUGUAUAUUCCUGUGACACAAGAACCUGCCCCUAUGACUGAAGAUAUGCUUGAGGAACAUGCAGAAGUUCUUGCCAGACUGGGUUCAUCAGCUGAGGGGUCCCAACUAAGAGCCAGGAUGCAGAGUGCUUGUCUACUAUCUGAUAUGGAAUCUUUUAAGGCUGCAAACCCUGGAUGUAUGUUAGAAGACUUUGUCCGAUGGUAUUCACCUCGUGAUUGGGUUGAUGAACAAGUUGAUGAGAAUGGUGGUGUUGUUGUUGUUAAAGGCCAGUUGAGUCAAAGAAUGAAGAUUCCUGGGAAUAUGUGGUCAGAAGUUUGGCAAGGGGCUCGUGCUGUACCUUCACAUAGACAAAAGCGACUUUUUGAUGAUACUAAAGAAGCAGAGAAGGUGCUUCAUUUCUUGAUGUCUCUGAAACCACCUCAGCUUGUUGAAUACCUGUUACCAGUACUUUCACAUACUGCCAUCCUGAAAAUUAUUCAAGAAGAAGACCAAGAGUUUCCCAAAUUGAAGCAACUUCUUGACCAAAUUAUUUCCAAAGCUGCAAAAGUAACCCGUUCAACCUCUCCUGGGGUACGGAAAUAUGAGGAUCUGAUCCAAAUGAUCUCAUUAGCUGAAACAGUGAUUGCCCGUGCCAAGUCCCUGAAAAACAAAUUCACAAAAGACUUGCUUGAACAGAAAGAAGCUGAAGAAGAACUCACUCUCUUUGUGUCUAGCCUUUUGCAACAGUCAGAAGUUAUUGUGCGUGGAGGUCCAUAUGGACCUGCUGGUUCUGUAAUACACAAAUUGUUUGUUGCUGCUCAAAAGGCAGCCCAUCUUAUUUUAGAAGAUGAAUCAUCUGAAGACCAACCAAAUGGCAAUGCUGAAACUGAGAAGUACAAACCUCCAAGUACAGUGCCUGACUUUCCUGAACCAAGUGGGAGGGAAUACAUCCUCCGUACCAUAGUUCCGAGGCCUGCUCCCUAUUCUCGAUCUCUUCCUCAGAGGAUGUACUGUGUAUUAGUGGAUGGAGAUUAUCGUUUAGCUGGUGCUUACACCUCUGAUACACUUUUUGAAUGAACACCGUCUCAAUCUCUUUAAAAAAAUAAAAGAAAAAAAGAAAAAAGAAAGGGAGGGAAAACAAAUGAAAAAUCUUGUCACAAAUUCUUCUUCCUUUUGUUGAUAUCUUACUUUGAAAUGAAAGCAAAUUAUUAAAUGAAGCAAGAUCUUCCUUUUGUUAAAGAUGAUAGCAACAUAUUAUUUCUACAGCUCAAUGUUAAAUACAAAAAGUGCUCCUCCCUCUAUUCUCCCACUUACUUUAUUCUGUGAUUAUUUCCAAACCCAACUGAGAAUGUAAAAGAACAUUUUUAUUUUGAUAAAUACCUUUUUCUUUCUUUUGCUAAAAUUGAUUUUUUUGACACAACCACAUAUUUUUUGAAAUGCUCUGAUAUACAUUCUUGUUAGUGCUAAAGAGAUUUAUGCAUACACUUGCACACACACACACAAAAUUUACAUAUAUGUAGGUCAAUGAGUUUAAGCCUUGCUAUAGACUACAGAUAUUGGUGCCAUAUUUUUUGAAAAGAUAUAUAAGUCUAUUUGCUUUAGUUUGCUUUGAAUCUUCCUUGUCUUUCUCUGCCUACCUAUCUAUUUACUACAUAAAGGCAGGUUCUACAUCUUUGUAUUAAAAAAGGUAACAAACUGUAAUAAUUGCUCCAAUAAAAGUCCCUCCCCCACACUUUUGCUAGCAUUGCAAAAUUUAAAAAAAAAAUGUUAUACAGAAAGCUAACACAAACACACAUACAUAUUGGCAUGUGUUUAUGUGGGAGUAUACACACACACACGUGUGCGUGUGUGUGUAUUUAUAUAUAUAUAUACACAUUUUUGGAGGUUAAACAAAUGACUGGAAUAUUUAUCAACUAAUUAAACAGUCAUAUUUCCUAACAGUGUACAUCAUUAGUAUGUCAGUUGGAUGUAAAGCACUUCCUACACUAGGAGAUAAUAGAAUUGCUUACAGACUCUCUGCUUGUCACUUUAAAUAUACCUUAUGGAAAAGGCUGUGUCUUAACUCCACAGGUAUUUGUGUGUCUACAUAUAUGCACAUAUAUAUAUGUAAUAGAUGAUGUAUUUGAUGUAUAAAUGAUGAGUAGUGUUGAAUGCAAGUAUUAGAGUUUAUAUAGGUUUUAAGGUGGCUGAUUUCCAGUGUAGCAUUUAGCUUCUGACUGAGACCUAGUUUCAGUUCAUGGUUGUUGUCUCAGCUGUCACUAACGCUGUUGAAUAAGACACUGAUAUCACAGUGUCUCAUUGUUAUUCUCCCUCUGUAUAAGUGCUAUUGAGGAUUUGCAAUCAGUGUAACAAAUCAAUAUUAUUGCUGUUUUUUUUGUUAUUGAAAUGUAUGGAAGUUUUACUCAGUCAUAUUGCUCAUUAAUCUCUCUAUAUAUCUCUCUCUCUCUCUUUACAUAUAUUUAUAUACAUGCAUUUUUGUAUGUACAUGUGCACGCAUACAUACACUCAGACACAUUUUUUUAUAAAACUGAAGCUGAGAGCUUGUCUUGCGACCUGAGUUUCAUACUACUGUGCUCUUCAGAUGAAACAUUGAAAAUCAUAGUCGUGUAUUGAGUACUCCUUUCUCAUUUAUCUGACAUUAAGCAAUGUGUCUCUGUGUGUGAGUAUAUAUAUAUAUAUAUUUGAAGAAAAGCAACAAGCAACAAAAAUGUAUUAGGUUAUAGCAGUACGUACAUUUCGUACAAACUUCAUUUAUUUAUGUAGUGAGAACACCACAUAAGAUGUGCAAUGAAAAUGUACUCCUCAGCUGCAUAUGUGGUGUUCUCACUACAUAUAUAAAUGAAGUUUGUACGAGAUGUAUGUACAGCUAUAACCUAAUACAUUUUUGUUGCUUUUCUUCAAAUUUUAUUCACCAAAUCUCUUGAUUUUGUUUUUUACCCUACCAAAUUCUGGUGCCACAAACAUUUUAAGUACCACAUUUAAUCUUUUGAUUAAAUCUAUAUUAUAUAUAUAUAGAGAGAGGGAGAGGGAGAGAGAGAUGCAUACACACAUGUAUCUCAAAUAUAGAACUAUGCUUGGAGCUUCUAAGAUGUGAACAUGAAUCUUAGAUCUUAUAUGUUGUGUUGUGGCUCUAUGCUAUGAAGCUGAGUUUAAUUCUCUCAGACUUCACUUCUGUUACAAUGUUAGAAGAGGAGCCAGAAAACUAUGUGGCAAACAAAUGUUAUCCAGAUACAUGAAUAGUAUCUGUACUGUUGUCUGUUUUAUCUAUUCAUAAAGAAAAUAGUCCUGUUUUUGAAUGUCUGCUCAAUUAACUGCUCAAUUUAGAUUUAAAAUAAGAGCAAAUGCUUGCUCAAUUUGUUUAUAUAACAACAUAAUAUUGCUCAACUUUGAUACUAAUUAAUAAUUAUCCACCUAUGAUAUUAGUAGGGUAUUGGUCUACAAAAAAAAAAAGUUGCUCAGUUUUAUUGCCUGCACAUGACUUCAUUAGUGGAAUCAAAGCUUUGAAGUGAAAAUUUGGAUUAAUAAUUUCACAUAAAGACCUUGUGUGAGUAUAUGUGAGGGGUUUGGACUGUAUAUGUAUGAAUAGUAUACAUACAUACAUACAUACACACAUGUAGGCAUAUACACAUACAUGUAUACACAAAAAUGUGUAUGCAUAUUUACACACACACAUGUAUAAUAUACAAAUAUGGAUACACACAAACAUCUGUAUAUUGAUAUAUGUUUAUGUAUAUAAAUAUGUAGAUAUAUGAAUGUAUAUGUGUGUAUGUAUAUAUGUAUAGACAUAGAUAUAUGCUAAUAUAUAUGAAUGUGUGUGUAUAUAUAUAUAUGCAUGACUAUAAAUUUUCACAUUUAUCAUAAAUAUUAGACAAAAUAUUAAUGUCUACGGUAUAUAAAAAAUGUAUUCUGUUUGUGCAGAGAUCUGGCAUUUUCUUGAGACUGUGUAUCGGAGUUAAUUAUAUUUUCUAUCUGCACCAAAUUUGCUGUUUCUUUCUUGUCUUGUGAUACAAAAAGAUAGCAUGUAAUAAUACAUUUAAUUCUGGCUUAGCUACGAGAGUUAUUAGCUGGAAUACUGGUAAUGGUGAUGCUACAUGCUGCUAUUUCUUUUAAUCUUCUAAAGCAAUUUCUUUUGGCUUCCAUUUCAACCUUUUUUUUUAUCUUGUACUUUUGCAGCCUUUGUCUUUCUAUUCACAACACAUUUGUCAAAAAUGGUGAUGAGGGUUUGUUGGUAGUCUGAUGCUGAACUGGUAACCAGAAAUCUUUCGUUUGCUCACUCAUAUUUAUUAAUUGUUGUUGUAUAGCUUUGAACAGAUCUAUAAUGAAAGCUGUUCAAGCUCUGAUCACCCCAUCUUGAUGUUUUAUUGUUUUUGUGUCUAAAUUAUCCUGGAUACAUGUCUUAUUUUAACAUGGUACAGUGUAAUUUGAGGGAAGAUUUGCUUGCUAUUUCUUACAGGCUGAUUACCAAAUAGAUGUCCUCAUUUUUGUGUGGGUGAGUGGGCUUCAAAUAUUUACUAGUAUAUAUUACAGGUUGUCAUUCAGUUAUUUUCUAAAAGGAACAACUUAGAAAAUUGCAAUCAAGUAUAGUUCCUUCCUUGAUAUCACAAUAAACAUUUGAAAUUAAGGAGGUUAACUUUCAAGAGUUGCUGCUCUACUAAUAAAGAUUAUUUUGUUCCUUUUCCAUCUAUUUUCAAGCAUUAAUAUUAAAAAAUUUGGUGUCUUCUUAAAUGGUGUUAAGACAAUGUAAUUGGCAUCAGUUUAAAUAAACUGUCUCAAAUCAAGUCACUUGCGAAUUAAGGACAACCCUGGUGUGUGUGUAUGAAUGUGUGAUGUAUUAUAUAGCAUAUUGAUUAAAUAUUUUAGUUUCAGUAAAAAUAAAUAGAUUUAAUGCUAUGAUAUAAUUAGUUUGAUUGUUGAUCGGUUGUUUAUAGGAAAAACUCUUAAUGCAAGUUCAUGUAACAGUAUUGUUAAUAUUUGAGGCUGUCCUUUCAAUCAAAAUGUUAUUUUUCUAAACAUGAUUUUAAAUUAAGUAAAAAAGAAACUAAAAAUAUUUUUAAAUGAUUACAUUCAGUAUUUUUUCCUGCUCACCGAUCACAGGGAAGAGAGUGAGGAUUGAAUAAUCAGAAAUCAAAACUAAAAAAAGUUAUAAUAUGCUUCAUAUUCUAUAGAUGAAAUAGUAAAUAAACAUACAACCAAUGGUUGCUUUUUCUCUUUUUUUUAUAGAAAGUUAUGGAGUAAAUAUCUAUAUGCAGGGUGGUAAUUCAGGAUUUCUAAUAUGUUUGGAAGUUUCUUUUGUAAAUAAAUUGGAAACAUCAAGUUAUAGGCCACAAUUUAUACAUUAGUAGAGCUAGAGUAGAUGUUCACAAGCUGUGAAGAAGUUGCAGAAAGCUUGUAUAUGGUUGCCUUCUAUAUAAUAUCUGGUGCUCUUUGUGUUAAACAAUCUAUAAAUCUGAGUUGCUGAGGUAUAUCUAUCAUAUCUGUCUGUCUGUCAUAUGUCUGUAUGUCUACCACAUCUGUCUAUCAUAUCUAUUAAUCUAGUGUUAUAUGUUUAUAUAUGCAGAUUAUUACAUACAUAUAUUUAUGUAUUAUAUCUCUCUAUAUAUUUUAAUAUUUUGUUUAGUCAUUGUGAGACUAACAACCUCAAUAUACGAGUAUAGAGCGGUAAUAAGAAAAUGAGGUGACAAAGAAAAAAAAGAAGUUAUGUUAUGAACUUCAUUAUGUUAUGAACUGCAAUAAGAUGCAGGAGCCUUUAACAAGACUUCUUAUUCAAGGUUCUGAUGAAGCUAUAGGGUAUUAUUCAGGCACUUGACUAUGAGUCCACUGCAUCUUAUUGCAGAAACAUCUGUAAGCUAAUGAAGUUCAUAACAAUUGAUUUUUUUCCUCAUUUCAUUUCCUAUCCAUGUAUAUAUAAUUAUGUUGUGUGUGUGUAUAAUUCUUUUAUUGAAAUUGAUCCUCUACUAUAUGUAUCAAGUACUCCUCUCUUAUUUGUUCAACUUAAAACAGUGGAGAUAUAUAUAUCUCACUCAAUAUACCACUGUGAUGUAACUUAGUCACACUGUCUAUGAAUCCAGCACUGUGACGUAACUUAGUCACACCAUUUAUGAAUCCUAUUAGCAAAUUCUAUUUGCAUUUUUAUUUUAUUUUUUUUACACACUCGCCUUUGCGUACAUGGAUUUGCACUAACAUGAAACUUGUCUCUGUUUUAUAGUACUGUAUCUAUUUUGGUGGGAUGAAAUAUCCAGUGUAGGUUUACCAGUUUAUGUAUAAAUAAAACAUUAAAUUCAGUUAGGAUUUAAAUUCUUUCUAUUUUUUAAUGCUAUUCAUUGUGUUGCAAACCCUCUCCAUCUCUACAAAUGAUAAAAUGAUUAUUACUCAGUGUUUAUUUCAAAAUUAUGUAAAUAAAAUUCUUGUUUCUCUUAUUUUCAAAA